AUGGUUGCAUCAGGUGCCCAAGAAUAUGACAGAAUGCAAGAAUUGAAGGCUUUUGAUGAAACAAAAGCUGGUGUAAAGGGAUUAACUGAUGCUGGAUUGCAAAAAAUUCCCAAGAUUUUUGUAAGACCUGCUGAAGAACUGGAAGAAGAGUUGAAUUACAAGAGGGCUCAAAUUGAAGUUCCUGUGAUUGAUAUGGGUGGUCUGGAUGAAGUCGACCGGCAUGAACAGAUGGUGGAAGAAGUAAGAAUUGCAUCCGAAACAUGGGGAUUUUUUCAGGUGGUGAAUCACGGGAUACCCUUAAAUGUGAUUGAUGAGAUGCUUGACGGAAUACAGAAAUUCAAUGAUCAGGAUGUUGAAGAGAAAAAGAAAUACUACACGAGGGAUAAUACGAGAAGCGUAAGAUUUAACAGCAAUUAUGAUCUGUUCUCAACAAGGACUGCUAGCUGGAGGGACACGUUGACUUUGUCAUUUUCAGAUCCUCAUCAAAACGAUUCCGAGGAAUUGCCAGCUUUAUGUAGGAAGUCAGCUAUAGAGUACUCAAAACAUGUCGAAGAAUUGGGAAAUAUUCUGUUUGCAUUAUUAUCCGAGGCUCUUGGACUCGAACCGGAGCACCUAAAAAACAUGGACUGCUCUCAAGGGCACCGCCUUGUUAGUCACUAUUAUCCAGCGUGCCCUGAGCCAGAACUCACUCUGGGAACCGCAAAGCAUUCAGAUCCUGGAUUUCUCACCAUUCUUCUGCAAAAUCAAAUCAACGGCCUCCAGAUUUUCUCUGAAAACCAAUGGAUUGAUGUUCAACCCAUUCAUGGAGCAUUAGUAAUUAACGUUGGGGAUCUUCUCCAGUUGGUAUCCAACGGAAAAUUCAGAAGCAAUAAGCACAGAGUGGUUGCUAAUCAUCUUGGGCCAAGAAUUUCCGUGGCAUGCUUUUUCUCUGGACCUAUAAACAAAGAUAAGGUUUUCUAUGGCCCCAUCAAAGAGUUAAUAUCAGAAGAAAAUCCUCCCGUAUACAAAGAGGUCCUGCUGAGGGAUUAUGUAAUGAACUUUGUUACUGCUGGACUUGAUGAGAAUUUUCUUAUCAAUUAUUGCAAAGUAUGA